AUGAAUUCCGUGGACGACCGACGUGACCGUACAGCAGGAUCCAGAAAUGGAGGAGCAACGGUGAAACUAUUCAUCCAGAAAGUCCAUUCUCCUCAGCAGUCCCUUAAUGACUCACUGGAGGAGGAAGUUCAGGCUUUUCUCAUUGAUGAAGACCAACUUCACACUUAUGAUGACCUCACCAAAGUCAACCCGGUGACCCCAACAACAGUGCUGAAAUGCCUGCAGGCCAGGUACAGCGCAAAAGUCUUUUACACCCAUGCUGGUUGCACCUUGGUAGCUCUGAACCCUUUCCAGCCCAUCCCACACCUUUACUCUCUUGAUGUGAUGAAGGAGUAUCACUGUGCUGCUCAGCCCCAGGAGUUCAAACCACAUAUCUUUAUUGUGGCUGAAGAGGCAUACAGAAAUAUUCAGGGUCAGCUGGAGCCAGUCAACCAGUCUUUGGUGGUCAGCGGUGAAAGUGGAGCCGGAAAGACAUGGACAUCUCGCUGCCUGAUGAAGUAUUAUGCCACUGUGGCUUCCUCCUCCUCAGUGUUGACGAGUCAGGACACAGUGGACAGGAUAGAGCGGAGAGUACUGGACUCCAAUCCUAUCAUGGAGGCCUUUGGAAAUUCUUGCACGCUCCGCAACAACAACAGCAGCCGAUUUGGGAAGUAUAUCCAGCUACAGCUAGACAGGUGUCAGCUGUUAGUCGGGGCUUCGGUGCAAACGUAUCUCCUUGAGAAGACGAGGGUGGCCUGUCAGCCAGCCAAUGAAAGGAACUUCCACAUCUUCUACCAGAUGAUGAAAGGGGCCACGGAUGAGCAGAGAAAAGAGUGGAAGAUGUCACAUGACCAAAGUUUUGUUUGGCUGCCGAAUUCUGAGAAGCAAGUCGAAGAAGAUUGUUUUAAUGAGACGGUUGAGGCAAUGGUUCAUCUGGGAAUCAAUGAAGAAAAACAAAGGGAAAUAUUUAGGAUUUUAGCUGGGAUUCUUCAGCUGGGGAAUGUGAGUUUCUCUUCCUCAUCAAAUGAAUCGCAGCCGUGUGACCUCAAUGAGCAGUCGGAAGACUUUUCGCAGAGAGCUGCAGAGCUUCUUUGUGUCUCUGUUGAGGAGCUCCGGACGUGUUUAAGGGUGAGGACUCUGAAGGCGGGGAACCAGAGCGUGCUCAAGCCCUGCUCCCAGGCAGAGUGCAGUGUGAGGAGGGACUGUCUGGCCAAGGUCAUUUACGCCCAAUUAUUUGAGUGGGUGGUUACGUUCAUCAACAACAGCAUAUGUGCAGAAAAAUCUACAUGGUGCAACUUUAUAGGCGUGCUGGAUGUUUACGGCUUUGAGUGUUUCAACAUCAACAACCUGGAGCAGCUUUGCAUCAACUACGCCAACGAGAAACUCCAGCAGCACUUUGUGGCACAUUAUCUGAGAGCUCAGCAGGAGGAGUAUGUUUCAGAGGGGUUGGAGUGGUCCUUUGUCAAAUACCAAGACAACCAGAGCUGCCUGGACCUCAUAGAGGGAGCCCCUGUCAGCAUCUUUUCUCUUCUUAAUGAGGAGAGUCGCCUCAAUCGAGUCUCGGAUGCCAAAAUGUUGAGGGUUCGUUUAGAGAAGGAGCUCGGUGAUAAUAAGAACAUCAGCUGGGACAAGUUCAGCAAGGUGCCACAUUUCACUGUGACCCACUAUGCUGGCAAGGUUAAGUACCAGAUAGAGGGCAUGGUGGAGAAAAACAAGGACCCAGUUCCACCAGAGCUCAUCAGCCUGCUUCAGACGUCCGACUGCCCCCUGCUACAGCAGAUCUUUACUGACUUGGAAACUGGGAACCCAACCACCAAGGCUCUGAGUAAAGUCACUGUGGUGUCCAAGUUUAAGAACUCACUGGAGAGCCUGAUGAGGAUCCUCCACAACACAACUCCUCACUACACCCGCUGCAUCAAACCUAACCCCGAAUCAAAGCCGCUGACCUUUAAAAAGGAAGAGGUUAUAGCGCAGUUGGAGGCUUGUGGGAUCGUGGAGACCAUUCACAUCAGUGCUGCUGGCUUUCCAAUAAGGGUUCCUCUCGGAAGCUUCUUGCAGCGUUAUGGACUGAUAACAAAAUACAGAUCAAGGCGUCACAGUGUGGAUCUGAAAGCUGACAGCAACAAUGAGCUCCAUCGGGAGGUGGAGAAGGUUCUCAGUGUGAUGUUGCACCUGUCCUGUGAUGGACGCACAUCGAUGGUUCAUCAUGGAAAGACAAAAGUGUUUCUUACUCAGGCGAUGCUGGAUAUACUGGAGGGUCAGAGGAGGAAGGUCCGGUCUCAGAGUGCCUUCAUCAUCCAGUGCUGCUGGAUGCGGUAUCAGCGACGCAGACGCCUCACCCGCCGGAAAUCUGCUACUUUGAUCCAAGCAGCGGUGCGCUCCUGGCUGGUCAGGAAGCAGGUCCAGAGGUGGAACAGAGCAGCCGCGGUCAUCCAGACCACCUGGAAGAAAUGGAGGACACUGCUGAAGUCCCUGGCAGAUGCAGAACUUGAUGAUGCGGAGGACCUGGUGGAGGAGGACGUCCCCAAACUGAACCCCGUUGUUAGGGAACGGGGAUCAGUGCAGCUCUCCAGCAUCCCAGAACCGGUCCCCGUGCGGGGCUGGCCCAUGGGCCUGGCCCUGGCAUCCGCCCCAUCCAUCACAGUCUCUCUGACAGCCACGGGCUUCCAGAAGAUAGUGUCUGUGAUGACCUCCCUCAACCUGCCAUCCCGGAAAGGCGAGUACAAGGUGAACACCAACCAGUACAAGCAGGGGCUCGCCUCCAUAAGGGCCAAACCCAAGGGUUCUGUUAAGCUGCACUAUCAGCGAUCUCCACUUCUGUAUGCUGACAUGCAGCCAGACCUGAAGACUGAGGUGACCGGCUUCAAUGAGAUCCUCUUGGAGAAAACUUUUUGA